AUGGAACUGAUUCGUAUGUCUAUCAAAGACGAUGAUGGAAUGGUGUCAAAUGAGUUGAAGAUUGCGGUUGGUGCGAUGGAAAUAGCAGAUAAAGUAGUGGAAGAUGUCAUGACGAAGCUGGCGGAUGUCUUCAUGAUACCCGACACAACUAUACUCAACACCAAAACUGUGGCUGAAAUUGUCAGAAUGGGCUAUACUAGAAUUCCGGUAUACUCUGAUGGUGACAAAAACAACGUCACUGAUCUUCUGUUUGUCAAAGAUCUAGCUCUUCUCGACCCAGAUGAUAACUUUACUGUCAAGACCGUAUGUGGCUAUCAUAAGCAUCCUGUAAAGUUUGUCUUCAAUGACACACCACUAAGUAUUCUUCUAGAAGCGUUCAAGAAAGGAGAAGGUCAUUUGGCUAUGGUCAAACAGCUCAACAAUGCCGAAGACCAUGAUCCCACCUAUGAAUUGGUUGGUGUAGUUACACUUGAAGAUAUCGUCGAGGAGAUCUUGCAGGCUGAGAUCAACGACGAGUUCGAUAUUGUCUCGGAUAAUGUGAAUAAAAUCAAGAGAAAAAAUCUUCAGGUGAAUAUUUAG